ACACAGUGGAAACAAUCAUCCCACUGAAAUGAGCAAAAUGCCUAUUCCUUUCCUGUUUCUCCACCCCUGUUUACACGUUAACGUUCAAACAGUUUUCAGGGGCAGUACAAGUUUAAGGAUGAAAACAUCAACCUUUUAAACUUUGGACAAAGAAUAACUGACGGAAGUUUUGAGGAAGGUAAACUUCGUGUCGAUUUGAAGGAAGGUGCUACUCACAUUCGUGGAUACAAUUGCACUUUUGUACAAAAACGGUGAAACGAUUUGCAUUUUUCUUCCAGUACUGCUUUUCAGGUGAUUACAUUUCCAAAGAAGAUCAUUUUAAUAUUCAUUAUUUUUUAAAACAUGGAAGGCCAGGUUAAUUGUGAAUCAUAUUUCAACCAUAAACACGUAGCCGAUUUUGAACCUCGACUUCCAACUAAGAUUGUUCUGACAAUAUUGUACAGCAUUAUUCUUGUGGCAGGAAUAAUUGGGAAUACUUUAACUAUAAAGGUCGCACAAGUUCUCCAAAAGAAAUGCUACCUUCAAAAAAGUGUUGCUGAUCACAUGAUCAGUCUCUCCUGUGCUGAUUUCCUUGUUCUGUUACUGGGAAUGCCUGUGGAAUUAUACAGUGUGAUAUGGUUUCCAUUUUCCACAUCAAGUGGAAAUGCAGCCUGCAAGAUUUAUAACUUCUUCAUCGAAGCCUGUAGCUAUGCCACAAUACUGCAUAUUGCUACUCUCAGUUUUGAACGUUACAUUGCGAUUUGUCAUCCAUUCAAGCACAGGUCUGUAUCUGGUUCAAGAACAGUGAAGCUGAUCUGCUUUGUCUGGCUGACUUCCUUUUGCAUAGCCUUGCCGCUCCUCUUUGCAAUGGGCAUAGAGGAUCCACUGGAGCCCUUUGUUGACAGAGGCCUCAAUCCACUUCGUAGAAACUGUGAUAACAGGAAAUCAAACCAUACCAUUUGCACCAACCUCAGCUCCAAAUGGGUUGUCUUCCAAGCAAGUGUUUUCAGUGCUUUUGUUCUUUAUAUUGUGACUCUCAUCUCAGUGGCAUGUAUGUGCAAAAUGAUGAUAAACACUUUACUCAGUAUGGAACGCGAGAGCAAAGAGGAUGGAUCAAAACAAAGGAAUACAAAGGUAGAAUCAGCAAGAAAACAGAGCAUUAUGUUUUUAGUGCUUAUUGUGGUUACUCUGGCUGUGUGUUGGACACCAUUGCAAAUUCGACGGAUCAUGGCAGCUUCCAAGGUCAAAUCAGACUGGACAGCUGCGUACUUCAGAGCUUUUGUAAUCCUGAUGCCUAUCUCGGAUACUCUCUUUUACCUCAGCUCAGUAUUAAAUCCACUGCUGUACAAUCUGUCCUCUAGGCAGUUCAGGGAGGUCUUUAUGCAGGUUCUGCGCUGUAAACUUUCCAUAGUGCAUCGCAACAUGCAGACGAUAAACAGAAAUUAUACCAUUCCCGAGAUUCGCACAACUCAGUCAACAAAACCCCUCCUUCCUGCUCCACUGAAAGGUGUGCGCUCACACCGGAAAGCCAGUCAGAAUCUUCCAACUUCAAUGGCAAGAGACAAGGGCUUUGAGCUUCAACCAUUGUCACAUCAGAACUGUGAUCCUAAAACAGAAUCAAAGUCAACAGAACUCAAUCUGGUUUCAAGGCCCAGGCUGUGGAACAUUAACUCUGAGCUACCACCACUGGAAAAUACCAUUGGGGUACGUUUAAAACGGCAACCAAAUGAAGUCUGUGAAACAGAGAUAUAA